AUGAACUGCCCCUCGCGGAACGACGACACUCUCCAGCACCCGAGCUGGAACCAGAGCCCACCGCCAUUUAGUCCCGACACCACUACUCGCAAUGAUUUCAACGGAAUCGCCAAUUCGCGAGUCCAUCGCAGGCAUGCCAACUCGGCAAAUGCAGCGGGCGAUGACUCGGGACCGAUCGACGACAGACCGAACAGCCAGGAUCGAGACCCCCAGAAAGGUAUCAGCACCAGCGAAGUGAUCGCUGCUGACUCGGGUGAUUUACCCCCGAGCAGCGAUUCACCUCGCCCUCUCUUUUCUUGUUUAAGGUCUUCGUCUCUGCACUGUGCCCGGAUUCUGGCCAAGUUUAGCCGCUUUAUUGGUCCGGGUUUCCUGAUCGCAGUUGCCUAUAUCGACCCCGGAAACUACGCCACCGAUGUCGCUGCCGGUGCAGACUUCAAGUACGCCUUGCUAUUCAUUGUUCUUGUCUCCAAUCUCUUUGCCAUUCUUCUGCAGUCAUUGUGUAUCAAACUGGGCUCUGUGACUGGUCUGAAUCUGGCCGAAAAUUGCCGAGAGCAUCUACCAAAAUGGCUAGUCUAUUUUCUCUAUCUCCUAGCAGAAUCGGCCAUUAUUGCCACUGAUAUUGCAGAGGUGGUGGGGUCGGCGAUCGCAUUGAACUUGCUUUUGAACAUCCCUUUGGUAGCAGGCUGUGCUAUCACAUUAGUGGAUGUUCUAUUUCUUCUCAUCUUCUAUCGACCCAAUGGGGCCAUGUGGGGACUUCGACUGUUCGAGUUCUUCGUCAUGGGUUUAGUCUUGGGGGUAGUUGUUUGCUUUUGCAUUCAGCUUUCUCUCAUCAAGGAUCAGUCAGUUGGCGAAGUCUUCCGCGGAUAUUUGCCAUCUUCAGCUAUAGUUCAAUCGGAAGGUCUCUACCAAAGCUGUGGGAUCCUCGGCGCAACUGUGAUGCCACACUCCCUAUUCCUCGGUAGCGGCGUGGUCCAAUCUCGUCUGAAGGAAUUCGAUGUCAGUUCUGGUUAUGUGGAGACCUCUGUCCCUCUCGGGAACGCCGAUGGCGAGGUAAAGUAUCGCCCGUCAAUCCAUGCAAUUCGAGGUUGUAUGAAGUACUCGAUCAUAGAGCUGUCUUUGUCGCUCUUCACAUUUGCUCUGUUUGUGAACAGCGCAAUCCUCAUUGUUGCGGGUGCUGCUCUCUAUGAUGUCCCUGGAAAGGAUAACGCCGACCUUUUUGGCAUCCACAAACUACUCUCCAAGUCAAUUGCACCAGCUGCCGGCUUGGUAUUUGCUCUCGCACUGCUAUUGUCCGGAAUCUCUGCUGGCAUCGUCUGUACGAUCGCUGGUCAGAUGGUGAGCGAGGGUAUGCUGAACUGGACAAUUCGACCCUGGCUUCGAAGACUCAUCACUCGAUCUAUCAGUAUCAUUCCCAGCAUCAUCAUCGCUGCGGCUGUGGGUAAGGAGGGUCUUGACAAGACUUUGACUGCGAGUCAGGUAGUCUUGAGUGUUAUUCUGCCAUUUGUCUCGGCGCCCCUCAUCUGGUUCACUUGCCUUAACCGCUAUAUGACCGUCCGGACAGAAGAAGCUACUGACAGAGAAGGCGAAGUUGAUGUGGUGACAGUUCCAAUGCGGAACAACCUACUCACUUCCGUAGUUGCAGUCGCUGUGUGGCUUGUCAUCGUUGUGAUGAAUGUGGCCUUACUGGUGCUAGUGGGAAUGGGGAAGGCAACUUAA